AUGAUUAAGCUCAGUAGAGGCAUCGCGCUCAUCGCGGGACUAUUCGCGUUCUCUCACAACGCAAAAGCCUUCUCAUUCAACACUUCCACUCCCACGCAAUGCGGACAGAUGACAGUACAAUGGUCGGGCGGACGAGAGCCAUUCCAUAUCGUGCUCGUUCCAGCUUCCAUCGUUGCCAGCGGUCGGAUCCGCAAUAUCACCAUCCCGGACGGUAGCAAUGGGCAGUACAGCUUCCAGCUGAACGAGCCCUCGGGGUUGAAGUUCUUGGCGACAAUGUACGACUCGACGGGCUGGGGAAGUGGAGGGACAACGCCACUGUUGACGGUGGGAUCAUCUGGCGAUACCAGCUGUCUCGACGAUAAUCUCCUAUACGACUUCAAAUUCUCCAUCGACCCUCAAUCCGCCCCUGGGCAAUGCACAAAUCAGCGCAUCACCUGGAACGACAACGUCACCUACCCCGUCAACCUCUUCGGUCUCAUCCCCUCCGGUACCGCGUGGUCCAUCCCCAUUCCACAGACCCGGGGGCAAAACUCGGUCACCUGGCAAGCCAACAUUCGGCAGGGCACGCAAUUUCUCCUCCUCAUGAGCAACGCGGGGCAGUACCAGACCGGCGGCUCGACCGACCUCUACACCGUCGGCGCAGGUGAUGGCGGCUGCAUCACCGAUAGUUCCCCCCGAUCGUAUGCGGACGGAUCGACUCCGCCGACUGCCGGUGAUUCCAACGUCACCGGUGUCGGCGGAGGGAGUGCGGGCGGUACGUCCAAUGGGAACACAAAUGGCGGGGGCGGAGGCGGAGGAGGAGGCCAGACAAAGACUGGGGCCGUAGUCGGAGGGGCCGUAGGCGGGGUGGCGUUCCUCGUCCUACUGGCGAUCUUGCUGUUCUUCUGCCUUAGGAGGCGCAACAAGGAGCGGCGGGAAUCGGACGGGUCGGCCAUCAAGAAUUACGGCGUGACCAAGGAGAAGCGACGGCCGGUGGACCUACUCGCUCGGCGGACCGGGUCUACAGGGCUCGAGAAUGGCGUAUCGAGGGAGGACUCGAUCGGAAAUCGGACGGUCGACGUCCGAGGAGAGGCGUACCGUCCCAGUCCAUUCCGCUAUCCCUCCCCUCCCGAGCUUCCUACUACCGCCACGCUCGCCGCUGGAGGAACGGGACUAGGCAAUCGCGUCCCGCCUACCAGCUUCCCAGCCGGCUUUGGUGGUGCCGGGGAGAAGACAGCCUCAUCCCCUCGCACUACUACCGGGACGUUGCCCAGUGCGCCGACGUCCACGGAUAGGCAGAGUACGGACUCCCAGCGCACCUCGGCUCCAUCAAACGGGAUGACCGCCUCGUCCGCUGCUGCUGCCUCUGGCGGUAUCGUCGGUCGCUCCGCAUCCACCGCCAAACACCGCGUAACCCCUUCGAGCGGCUCGAACAACGCCACCAGUACCGCCUCGGGCCCCACAUCCACUGGUACCCCAGACUCCGGGACCGAGACGCCUGAGCACGCUGGCGAUGCUACGUUCGUAACGCACCGAGACGCCGGUCCUGUCAUUGAUCUUCCACCACGGUACGAUCAGCUGCGAGCGAGAAACCCGGACCAGGGCACAUCAUGA